AGCACUGGCGUACGUUCAUUUGAGCUUGCAGCCCUGGCACCAAAACAAGCUGAUUGAUUUAUUAACUUACGGAUAAAAAUGAGUUCAGGUGCGAUUCGUACGCCUGUGUCGCAAAUAAUCCACAACAAGGAUGACCAAGAUGCGGAGGAGGAACCAAAGAAAAAGUCACGCGAGGAUUGGCGCAAAGCCAAGGAGCUGGAAGAGGCGCGAAAGGCGGGAACUGCGCCAGCCGCAGUGGAUGAAGAAGGACGCGACAUAAAUCCGCACAUUCCGCAGUAUAUAUCGAAUGCUCCCUGGUACUAUGGCUCCGCGGGACCGACACUGAAGCAUCAGCGCCCACAGCACGAGGAUGAGCGCGGUCAUCUGGACAACCGGGCACCCAAGGGAUUGGACACAACAAGAUUGGUCACCAAAUUCCGGAAAGGAGCCUGCGAGAAUUGUGGAGCAAUGACGCACAAACGCAAGGAUUGCCUGGAGAGACCGAGGAAAGUGCAGGCCAAAUACGCCGAAUCGAUUGUUGUCCAUGACGAGCACUUGGUGAACGAUGCAUCGAUUAACUAUGAUGAAAAGCGCGAUCGCUGGAGUUCCUAUGAUCCGUCCAAUCAUCGCGAGAUCAUCGAGGAGUACGAAAAAGUCGAAGAGGCAAAGCGACAGUUAAAGGCGGAGAAGCUUAAGAACGAUCCCGAUGCGGAGAUUUCGGAUGAGGAGGGCAACGAGGACAAGUACGUGGACGAGGUGGACAUGCCGGGCACCAAGGUCGAUUCCAAGCAACGUAUUACCGUACGGAACUUGCGCAUACGUGAAGAUACUGCCAAAUAUUUGCGCAACUUGGAUCCAAAUUCGGCUUAUUAUGAUCCCAAAACGCGCUCUAUGAGAGAUAAUCCCAAUCCAGCGGUGCCAGCGGAAGAAGCGGAAUUCGCGGGCGAGAAUUUCGUGCGUUUCUCUGGGGACACCACCGCACAGGCCACCGCACAAUUGUUUGCUUGGGAGGCACACGGAAAGGGAGUCGAUGUCCAUCUCUUGGCCGAGCCCACAAAACUGGAACUGCUUCAGAAGGAAUACGAACAGAAGAAGGAACAGUUCAAGUCAAGUACCAAGACAGAUAUUGUGGAGAAGUAUGGAGGGGAGGAGCACUUGGAGGUGCCAUCGAAAUCUUUGCUGCUCGCGCAAACCGAGGAAUACGUCGAGUAUUCCCGCAGUGGCAAAGUCAUCAAGGGCAUUGAGAAGCCCAAGGCGAGAAGCAUCUACGAAGAGGAUGUGUAUAUCAAUAAUCAUACGACCAUUUGGGGCAGCUUUUGGAAUGCCGGACGUUGGGGCUACAAGUGUUGCAAAUCCUUUAUCAAGAACUCGUAUUGUGUGGGCAUGCAGGAACCGGAAGGUUACUCCGACCAGCAGCAUUCCACAACAACAACAGGAACAACAACAACAAUUGCUCCUGCUCCUGUGGAAACCCUGUCAAGAGCUCAGGAUGUAGAUAUACCAGAGAGAUCAACAGCUGAAUCCGAAGUUGAUUCUGCGCCCAGCUCGGUGGAUUCUUCCGAUGAUGAGGAGAUCGUUGAGGAGAUCAAAAAGUCUAAGAAAAAGUCCAAGAAGCGUGAAAAGAAAAAGAAGGCCAAGGAACAGCGUAAAUACAAAAAGAAACACAAGGAAGCAAAGGAAAAAGAAAAAGAUAAGGAAACUUUAACUAUACGCUCCUCCAAGUCAAUUCCUGAGGAUUUGGAUGAUCGCAAGCGUCCUUAUAACAGCAUGUACGAUGUCAAGGCACCGACCGAGGAUGAAAUCGAGGAGUGGAAGAAGAAACGAACGCGCACUGAGGAUCCCAUGCUGCAAUUUAUAUAGGAUAAUCCUUUGCUAUAUGUAACUCUCAAUGUUAAUACGACUCCAUAAACAUAUUACCUAAACAA